CAGACGGAGGGACGAAGAGAGCGAUUCUAGUGGCCGCUCCACAGAGUUGUGAACACGCUUACAAAGGGCAAACCAAUUAAAACGUUCAGUCCAUCUCCUGAGGUAAAAUUAUCUCUUGCGAGAUCCUGACGUCUAUCUGAAAGAACUAAACCACCUCGUAACAGAUACCAGGCGUUUAAUCAUAAUUAAGUGUUCUGCUAUCAGAAUAAAACACGGUGUCCCCAACAGGAUGGAUUUCGACACACUGACGAUGGAGUUACGAAUGAAGAUACCUUCCCUGAUUAUCACCGCUGACUAUGAAAUGAAGGGGAAAGUGUUGGCCUUGUCGAUGGAGGGGAAAGGAGACUGCACACUCAAGUUCACGGAAGUUACGACCACUUGCCGCACUCUGUUUGAAAUGGAAAAUCGGGGAGGUCAGCAGUUCCUGGAGGUCAAGGACCUGAAGUGGACUCUCGGCGCACGAAACAGUCACUUCCAGUUCAACAACUUGUUCGGGGGAGACAAGACACUCGGUAAGAUGGCCAACACGUUCCUGAACGAAAACUCGCGCGAGGCUUUCAAAACUUACAAGCACCUGCCAGACUCCAGGAAGUUGGUGCGCUGGCUGGCGCCUCGCUGUGCAGAUGUGUUGGUACCAGAGACAGCGCGUGAACGUCCAAUCGCCCGGAAAAGUCACUCCGACCUGAAGAUUCCUCCCACUCGGUGA